AGUAGCUUGAUGCGGCCGGCAGAGGGCGACAAUCUUCCGGCGGGACUCCAGCGUACAGCCGAUAGAGGAAGAGACACUUUGGGUGCAGUUCGCGUUAGCCGAGAGAACGUCAACGUUGCUGUUAGCUGGGUUUCCUUGUGUGUCCGACAGAACCGCACGACGCUCAGUUUGUUAACACCAGAUCUACGAGCUGUAAGCGAAGCCUCUGCGACCGACUGCUUCGACAAGAUGAGCUUCCUGUUUGGCAAUCGCUCAUCCAAGACCUUCAAGCCAAAGAAGAACAUCCCAGAGGGCUCUCACCAGUAUGAGCUGCUGAAACACGCUGAGGCCACGCUGGGCAGUGGGAACUUGAGGCAAGCCGUCAUGCUGCCUGAAGGAGAGGAUCUCAAUGAGUGGAUCGCUGUCAACACGGUGGAUUUCUUCAACCAGAUCAAUAUGCUGUACGGCACCAUCACUGAAUUCUGCACCGAGAUCAGCUGCUCUGUGAUGUCUGCUGGACCAAGAUACGAGUACCACUGGGCUGAUGGCACCAAUAUUAAGAAGCCCAUCAAAUGCUCUGCUCCCAAGUACAUUGACUACUUGAUGACCUGGGUGCAGGAUCAACUGGAUGAUGAGACGCUUUUUCCUUCCAAGAUUGGAGUUCCCUUUCCCAAGAACUUCAUGUCUGUGGCCAAAACCAUCCUGAAGCGACUUUUCAGGGUUUACGCUCACAUUUACCACCAACAUUUUGACUCCGUGAUGCAGCUGCAGGAGGAGGCGCACCUCAACACCUCCUUCAAGCACUUCAUUUUCUUUGUUCAGGAGUUCAACCUUAUUGACAGGCGAGAGCUUGCUCCCCUGCAGGACUUGAUCGAGAAGCUUGGAUCCAAGGACAGAUAGACAUUUCAUCACCAUUCCCUUUCUUUUUAACCUUUCAUUUUCUCCCCUUCCCUCUUUGUGACCUCCGCUACCUCUCUGACUUCUAGUCUCUUCAAAUCUGUGCCUUCUUCUUUUCAUUUCAACGUUUGUACUCUUCCUUUUUAUUCCGCCUGUCAUCUUGUUCUGAGGUCUUUGAGCCCUUUCUUCCAUUUUGCUACUCUAAAUCAUGGAAAAUAGUGUAGUAGGAAUAUUUUUUCAUAGGAUUGUGGUAAUUAUAAGAGCAAAGUAAUGGAUUUUAUAUUGGACCGAGGACAUUUGGAAGUUUAAAGUUAAAAAAAACCUUGCCUCCUUCAGAAGUUGGCACACAGUGUUUUAAUUGUCUAAACUUUUUUUUUUUUUGUUAUCGAUAGGCAAUUUACUCUUAACGUUUAGCUUUUGUAAUAACAGGGACUGGCCAAAUGUCCCGUCUUUUUUACAAUGUUUUAUUUCUGUGUUCAUUGGCGAGUAAAGAUUGCGAGGAAAGUAGCGCUGUGACGCUGGCCUGACGAUACAAGUGCGUGAGAAGUAUUUUCAGUCUUAAGUUGCAGAAGGGUAUAAAAAGAACGAGUAGCAUAUCGCUCUUGGUCACAAGCUGGUUGUGUAUCUGGUUUUCAACAUCUGCCCACAUGCUUCCUAUUGAUGUGCUCUUUCAUACAUGUGAAGAGUAGUGAGGGACAACUGGGAGAUGCUCAUGUUCUUGCCCCACAAACACCACCACCAACUGCAUUAUGGCUAUUUUAUUUUUGGUCAAGCAAUAUUGUGUUUUGCACAUUUUUGAGCUAUUUUCUAUAUUGAAAUAGUAUGAUGCAAGAUAUGGUGCUUACUGUUAUACUUUUAAACUGCUUGAAAGUUGUUAUUAAUAUCAACUUAAAGCUUUUGUAACCAUGAACCCAUAAAGGAGUUGUAUAAUAGAAAUUAUCAUGUCAAUAGCCAUAUAGUCUAAUGUCUUUUUUGUCAUUUCAGUUUAUUUUGUAGCGCCGAUUUAUUUGUUCUACUCUGCAUAUUUGAUCUUUCAAUGCUGGUACUUUUAACCUUUUUUUUGACAUAUGUCACCCCCUUGAUUGUUAAAUAGAGCAAAAAGUAAUGCAUCUGUGCAGGAUAAGGAGACGUGUCCGUAGCUAUAUGUCAUUUUUCCGAGGUCUUUUAGUUUUAGUGCAUUCUUGCAGUCUUUUCCUGAAUUCACUCCGGCUACAACAGCAGGGCUGUUUGUACUGCCAUCCUUUUACAAAUUAAAGCAGCUCAUUUCCCGAUGACGUUUCACUCAACAAACUGAAUAAAGAAUUGGUCCAUAACCACCGUCAUGUUGGACAGAAAUUCAAAUCUGCCAAUCAUGCCUGCACAACUAUUAAAAGAAUCAUCUGUUUGCUUAUCAAUAUAUUUUACAAGGCUGGGUUACUGAUUUUAUUGGAAAAUGUAACGAGUCCUUUUCUUUAAAUCUAGCCAUCUAUUUUUUAAAUGAAUUGUUUUACCUCAAUUUUGUUUUCCAGCUUUUGGCAUGGAGUUCAAUUUCAUAUUGCAUUGUAAAAUAAGUAUUUGGCUUUACCUUUUCAAAAAGGAACAAGGGCUUUGAAAGUUUUUAUAUAUGUGUGUAUAUAUAAAAAUAAUGGUCCAAUCAUUGAGAUUUCAUUUUGACUGAGGAGGUUGAGGAUGUACGUACGGCGUCUGAGAAUGUGCUGUAAAUAACAUCCGUGUUUUAUCUGAACAAAAGUGUGCCUUACAGAAAGGAAAAUGUCUGAAACAACAGUAUUGGUAGAUCAAAAUUCAAUAAACACUGAAAGGACAA